CCUGUCCGUGCGAGGGGUGGGGGUCCGCAGAGGGCAGUGCGAGUGGCGAGUGGACGAGGUGAGCGAGUGGUGAGUGGAGCGGUCGCGUCACCGCGGACGAUCAGCAACAACAACGACGACGAGGAGGAGGAGGAGGGACGAGGGGGUCGAUGGCGGCGCCGCACAGGGCCAAGCAGCAAGGGAACGAGACGGCGGUGGCCGAGGACGAGUGGACGACGCGGCACGGGGGGGGUGCCGCUCUGCUGCCGGGCGCAGGGGGGGCCCUGCGGCCCGUGGGGCCUGGCUCCAGGCGCUCCGUGCUGCUCGUCAAGCUCACCGACUCGGCGCUGCGGGCCCUGGAGACGCCGCCCGCACAGCGGGGAGCCUCAUCCCCACAGCCAAAGAUCUGUCUGGGAGGAGACAAGGGGUACAUGAAGAUCCCUGUGCCGCUGUCCGAAAGCCCCAGCGGCUUCCGCACCUUCUCCAUCUACCGCUCGCGGGACGGGGCUCAGGGCAGCUUUGACUGUGUGCACCAGCACGUGGACCGGCUGGGCGUGCCGCGGCUGGACUGCGUGGGCACCGUGCAGGAGAAGCUGACGAUCUGCGCCACGGACGACUCGUACCAGACGACGCGCGAGCGCAUGGCGCAGGCCGAGGAGGAGACGCGCAGCCGCGGCGCCAUCGUCAUCAAACCCGGCGGCCCCUUCAACGGCAAGAGAACCGUUCGGAGGUUGCCGCCCGAGUUGAUGGACCUCGCCCCAGGGCGCAAGCGAUCGGCGCCACUCAACCCAGCUAACACCCUGCGCAAGGCCCCGGCCGCCGGCACUAACAGCGCUGCCGCCGCCACAACCGCCGCUGCGCUCCGUCCGGCGUCCCCUGCGGCCGCCGCCGCCGCCUCCUCGGGCCCUGCGGAGGCCCUGCGGCGCCCCAUGCGCGAGCGUGUGGUGCACUUCCUGGCGCUGCGGCCCUGCAAAAAAGCCGAGCUGGUGGCACGGCUAGAGAGGGACGCUGGUGGCGUUGGUGGUGGUGGGCAGUGUGACCGUUCGCAAGUGUUCGCUAUCCUGGAGCAGGUGGCGGCACCAAGGGGCCAGGAUGGCCGGCAGCAACUGAAGGAGGCGGCCUAUGCGGAGGUGCGGCCGGACUGGCCGGGUUACUCGCCGGAGGAGCGACGCGCCGUGCAGGCCCUGCUCUCUCGGAGAGGGACGCAGCAGCAUCCGCCCCCCUUAGGCCUAUCCCACAAUGCACCGCAACCUCGGCUUAGUCCUGCCGCGGAGGCCAGCCGACCACCCAACCACACAGCCCAGAAACGACCAAACGCCUCCGCCGAGGAGGACGCGGAGCCGUCGUUGGGGGGGCAGCAGCAGCAGAAAAUGUCGCAGAACGGCACCAAGAAGCCGCGCGUGUCCCAUCUGACGAGCCGCGUUCCUCCCACCCCCUGCGAUCGCCCGGAACCGCCGCGGCGGGAGAAGGACGAGGGAGUGGCGGCGGCGGCGGCGGUGGCGGUGGCGGCGGCGCCACCGUGCCAGCCCGUGCCCGACACUGCGCGGAGGAAGAUGAAGAAGCGCAGGGAGAAGGAGCGGGAGAGGGAGACGCCAGCGGGCAAGGAGAUGCCGGGGGGCGCGGCGACGACGCAGGGAGACGCGGGGAUGAAGCAGGGAGACGCGGGGACAUCGGAGGAUAGGAUCACGCAGAGGGGCAGAGAGAGGCAGAUGGACACAGGGAUGCAGAUGGACAGGGGCAUGCAGAGGGACAGGGGGAUGCAGAGAGACAGAGAGACACAGGGACACAGGGAUAUGCAGAGGGACAAAGAGGUGCAAAGGGACAAGGAUGCGCAGAUCGAAAAAGAAAUGCAGAUGAUGAGGGCGGCGCAGAGAGACAAGGAGCUGCUGACAAAGAGGGUCACGGAGACCCAGAGAGAGAGGGAGACAAGUAAAGACGUGGAAACACAGAGAAACAUAGAGACAAAUCGAGACCAGGAGACACAGAGGGAAACCGUGGCACAGAGGGAAGGGAGAAACACAGAAGAUAGAGAGGCACAGAGGGAGAGUGACCGGGAGAGAGAACGGAACAGGGAGAGACAGAGAGAUAGGGAUCAAGAGAGGCAGCGGCAGAGACUCCGCGACUUGGAGAGAGACAAACAGAGGGAGAGGGACCGGGAGAGGGCGAGGCAGGAGGAGAAAAACAAACAGCAAGAGAGGGAGAGGCAGGAGGAGAGAGACAAGCAGCGAGAGAGGGAGAGGCAGGCGGAGAGAGACAAGCAGAGAGAGAGGGAUAGGGAGAGGCAGGCGGAGAGAGACAAGCAGCAGGAGAGGGAGAGGCAGGCGGAGAGAGACAAGCAGCAAGAGAGGGAGAGGCAGGCGGAGAGAGACAAGCAGCAAGAGAGGGAGAGGCAGGCGGAGAGAGACAAGCAGCAAGAGAGGGAGAGGCAGGAGGAGAGAGACAAGCAGCAAGAGCGGGAGAGGCAGGAGGAGAGAGACAAACAGAGAGAGCGAGAGAGGCAGGAGGAGAUGGAAAAGAGGAGGGAGCAAGAAAACUCAAAAGCCGUGACGGAGCCUGCAGAGGAGAUGGAAGUGGAUUCGCAAGGAGUGUCUGAGGAAGAGAUGCAGUACAAGAAGUUCAAAAUGGACGCCAGAGAAGCAGACAAACCGGAGCUGAUACCAGAACGUGCCUCUAGCGCGGCGAGCAACCCGGACUACAAACUGGAUUACGUGCCGAUCGUGACGCCGGAGCAGAGGGAGCGCUACAAGGCCGACUUCAGCAGCGAGUUCUCCGAGUACCGGCGGCUGCACCGGCGCAUCGACACCGUGAAGCGGCGCUUCGAGCAGCUGCAGCACAAGAUGCACGCCCUCGCCCCGGACUCGAGGGAGCAGCAGGUCAUCCGGAAGCAGGUGGUGCAGGAGUACAGCAAAGUGAAGAAGACCAACCCCGAUUACCAGCAAGAGAAGCGACGCUGCGAGUACCUGCACUCCAAGCUGGCGCACAUCAAGCAACUCAUCACGGACUACGACCAGUCCUCGUAGCCGAGCCACCGCCCGCGGAUAGCGUCUCUCUCCUGCUCGUGCCACCAGCAAGUGACCACCGGCCACGCCACCACCACCACUUCCUCCUCACCUACAGCACCACCAAUCAACCCCAAUCUGUCAGCCACACGGCCACCACUACAAACACAACCACGUGUCCACCAGCGCCAGCAUCAACACCAGCCACUUACCUACGUAUGUAUGUUGAACUGUACGUAGUGAACCGUGCUUAUCGGAGAUGCGGUGGUGGUGUGCGCCGAUGAGAUAUCGCGACCUGAUGUGCGGAUGUCCCUGCAAGUAACAUCGAGCUGAGUGGUGGUGUUUAAUCGAUUGUAUGCGUGUGUGCUAAUGCGAGUAUGUAAGCGAGGAAACUCCCACGCUCUCAAACCGCCGAGUCUUAAAUCUCUGCCAUUCACCGGCAAACCUUAGCCAUUCCCGUUAACCGACAACUCUUGAGCAAGCUUCACAAACUAUAUUUUUGUCCCACUACACUAAGAAAAGACACGUUUACACGUGUUUGUCUCCCCUGUAUUGUUGUCAAUCUCGCCAGAUGCAGCCGCGUAAUUAGCGCCUGCGCAUCGGCCAUUAUCGCAAACCCCUUCGUGCGUGCGCCAGGGGCGGCGUUUUUCUUUUCCCAACGCGGUGUCGCCGUUUUGUUUCCGCGCGAAAGACAAAAGAGGUUGUAGAACAAUCGAAGCGGUCACGGGGUGGCGACGCGGCAGGCCGGCGACUCGGCCCCCUUUCGCGCGGGGCGAAAUCCGCAGCGUGAAAAUAAGUUCGCGGGUCGUGCCGCGCGGCUCCCUCCAUUUCGGCACGAAGCUCCGCACACUUUCUUGAGCGUUUCGCUCCCUGAAGAAGAAGAAGAGGCUCCCAGCGCCCGGAGGCGAAACGUCGGACAUCGUCCCAGCCCGUAUCGGGGCACGGCCGAUUUAAAUCAAACUUACGCCAUUGCUUUUCGACUGCCAAGGCCACAGGAGGUGGAAUGUGACCGGCGACUUCCGGGUUGCGAGCCGCAGCAUUGCUGCCGACCAUUACACCACCAACGUGGCAGCUCCCUUCGUUUCCCUGUUAAAAGUGUCAAAGGUUUUAGGCUCAUCAGUUGAGAUAUCUCCUGUAAGUUCGACUUAAACCGGUUUACACUGCGUUAUCUCCCGCGGUCAUCGCAAGUAUUCGCCGUGCCCUCGAGAGCUGGCAGAAUGUUUCCGCCGAUUCUUGCGGUCAGUUGGGUGGUCCGUGCCAAGCCAGGGUGGGGCUUGAGGGGGAGGAGGAGUGAGUAGAAGGGAAGGAAGUGGGGGGGGGGAACAGGGUGUGUGGGCAUCGAUGAGUGGUGCCGGUACCUCCUCGCUCGGCUCCCCCCCCACCGACCGACCCCCCCCCUGCUGCUCCCCUCACCUCUCACCCCACAGAGAAGCUCACCACCACCAUCACGGCUGGCUCAAUCACGAUUAACCAAUCGGGCGGCGCCAAUUACUUUAUUAUUUUGUUUACAGAGGAAAGCGUCACCGAGUCUCAUGACUCUUUUUCAGCGGGUUCCUGUCCACGUUCUCACUGUAGGGGCAGGUGGGGUGUUGGCAGCGGUGUGAAUUUUGGCAAAUUUGGCAUCGUUGGGGGGGGGGGUGUAUCCAGAACGAACGCCCGCCGUCAUUAUUAACUCGACCGCGGUAAUAGCCAGGGUGGCCCACUGAAGCCGAACUGCCAACCUCCGCAGCAAGCACCGCUCGAACCGUCGGUCCUCCACCACCCCCCACCCCCAUCUUGACAACCUUCACAAACCGGCACUGACCCGCGUGGUGAAGUGCUGUCGUCUUGCACGGUCUGCCAUCGCGACACCAUCGCAAGAGGUGGCGGCAGCAUGAUGGGGGGGUGGGGGUUGGUCGGCAUUCAACCAGCAGUGGAUAAACAAAGGGCUUUAAGUUAUUAUUUCGAUGACUCUGUGUUUCGAGCCAACCUGACACUCGUUUGACGUGUGUACUGUACGAGGUCGGCCUUGCGAGAGAGACUUGUGUCACAAGAGAAGCUUCUGCAUUUGCCUGAUGAAACUACUACCUAGAGCGCGCGCGUCCUGCUGCCACGUGCACGCCAACACACACACGCUCUGAACACUGCGCGCAUGUGUAUGUAUGUGCAAAUGUGCACACACUCGCAAUGCUGUGUGUGUACGCGUAACACUGCAUGUGUGUGUCUACAUGGGCACAUAUGCACACUCGUAACACUGUGCGCGUGUGUGUAUGUGCACACACUCGCAGUGUUAAGAGUGUGUGUACAUGUGUAUACGUACACACAUAACACUGCAUGUGCGUGUACAUGUCCAAAGACAAAAUAUUCCCCGUAUAGCCUUCAGAUAGCAGGCUGCUGGGGCAAGUGCUGUUAGCGAGCGCCUAUUUAGGUGUAUUCACGCGCACACACAUUUGCACACAUGUAACAUUGCGCGUGUACGUACGCGCACGCGAACAACUACAGCAUACCAAGUACUGUAUCCGAGUCUGUGUUACGUCGCCUACGACAGUAUAUAUAUGCAUAAAGACAGUAUAUAUAUAUAUUUUAUUAACUUUUUUGGACUACAACGAAUGGUGCCUUCGCACGGUGCACUUUCCAGCGAGGUGGAACUGAGACCCCCACGAAUUCUGGGGGGCCACGGUUGGAUUCUCCGGGUGAGGUGACUCGCGAGAGCCGGUUGCCUAUCCUCCUCCUCCUCACUUGGUCCGGGUCGCCCCCCUUCACUCAACCACCCCCCCCCCCCCCCCCAGGAAACCCGGUCCUUCACCGCUCCUACAGUCAGCGCCACAGCAGCCGUCCGGCUCUGUGUAACCCCCCCCCCCCCCCCCUGGACAGCCACUGCAUUGCCCCUCGCGCGUAGGUCGUAGCCCCCCGGCGACGGUCGGAGAAAGUUGCCGAUGUUGGCGGUGGAACGUUUGAAUGUUUAAACUAAAAUUCAAUGGGUGCCAAUUUCCCCCCAUCCCCCCCCCCCCCCCCCCCACUUCGACUGUGCGAUCGGAGCGAGUGUGAUUUAUUUAAAGAAUAUGAAUCGAAUCAUGAAAUGCGAUGAGCCCUUCUGCCUUGUAGCUGCGCACGAGCCCUGCGUGUGUUCCCGGGGGGGGGGGGGGGGGGGUGACCUAGCCCUGACGUCAGCGGAUCGCCUUUGUUUCAUGAAUAAUAAUGAACGAGGGAAUGAAUGUAAUGAGUUUAUUUUUUUUUCCACGGGGAAGGUUGCAAUAGGUACAACGAGAAGUCGUGCAGCUGCUUCUGGGAGGACUUGCUGCAGCGCUUUGUGAGUGAUAACGUGGACAGAGACAGAAGGAAGGCAACGGUCGUGUUUGAGGAAGGAUAAUGGGCCGGCAUGUGGAGACUUUCAUAAUUGAAGCAUCGCAGCGCUUGCUUGGGCACGGGGGGAGCUCGAGGGAAAUGCGCAGCUACAAGAUAAGAGCCGCUCGAUGUUGGGAUUGUGUGUAACUUUAAUAAGAGAUCUAAAGUGUAACAAAUAUAUGCGUGUGUGUGUGUGAGAGUGUCUGCCCGGUGAGCAGUAGUUUAGCGGUUAGCGCGCUGCACUACGAACCCGGCCACCCGAGUUCGAUUGCCGCUCAUGGCCAACACCACCAGUGACGAUCAUUUGAACCGGUCCUGGGCCACCCCGAGGUCGACUCCGCCUCAAAUGAGUACCUGGUGCGGUGUUUAAAUAUCGCCACUGGGGAGACAAAGGCGGUCGGGCGUGGUGCUAGCCACCCACCCCCUCUUACGCCGUUCUGGCCUUCACAGGUGCUCGCUAACAGCACUUGCCCCUACAGUCUGUUAAGGCUGUGCGGGGGAUCUUUGUCUGUCCCAUGACCUGUCGGCGAGCCUUCGACACUUUCACGUGGCCUCAAAGUUGCACCUGGCCUGGCACACAGGCACUGUGGUCACGGCACCGUCACUUAGUGGCGGGAUGGGGCCAGGGUAUUGGUGACCUGAAGGAGGAGGAACAAUUAGCAGCAGAAGAUGCUUGAUGCAUCACCCAGUGUUAGAAUUCGCAGGAACACGAAAAUACAACUGCUCAUUGCUGUAUGAGGUGUGUGCUUGAGCGUGUACGUGUCUAUUUUUGGGAGGAAUUGCGACAAAAAAGCUGUACAAAAUGUUUGGAGGGUGGGAGAUCGUGAUGCUGAUGAUGCCGGCGAUGACGACUAAGAUAAUUAUAUUUUUGAUUCGGCUCUAUCGCCGUGCAUGUGAAGAGUGGCGAAUGUACGCGUCGGUUCUCGUCGUCGUCGUCAUUAUUGGUGGCAGCGGUGCGGAUGUAACGGAUUGCUGAUCGUCGUCGUCGUCCUACGCUUCUCGCCCUUGGGACGAUUGCCGUCGACUCUUCUCGGUGUGACUUCUGAACGAAUCGUCCGUUUUUCCCUCAUUGAUGUGUCCUUGCCCGGUGGCGUUUCGUUUGAAAUCCGCUCGGUUUGAAGGAGGGGGCCGGGUUUAAGAGUCCCUGCAAUCUACUUUGCCCGUGCGUGCCACCGCCGCUUUUGGAAAGAGACCACCUGACAACAAGAGGCAGCUCCAGAGAGCACCUCUCGUGAGAAUGCUCUCGGGAGAGGGCAAGAACAAUUGGCAUCUUUGAGAGGUUCUUGGUGGCACUCUGAUUGCAUUGCUCAAUUAAAACUAUUUACGAAGCUAUUUUACCAGGUAAGGCCCAUCGCUGAGCUAUAUAGUAGCUCUUUUUCAGAAGCGACCUACCCACAAAUGAUAGCCCAACGAAGUGGCUUAUCGCGUGGAUAUGUAUUGCAGCCAAAUACUCUAAACGCGUAAUGUUGAUUCUAAAUGUGGAGGGAAAAACCGGAGGACCCGGAGAAAAAUCCACGUGACCACAGGGAGAGUGAGACACGCAAACUCCAAAUAUAAAAGUAUCAGGGUCGGGAUAAAACCCACGACCUCCUGUAUACCAGGCGAAGUAGUUAACAUUUCACCAUCGUGGCGCAUCUGGGCAAACUCAAGCUGUCAUCUCGGCAGACUUGUCAUGAAUUUAUCUCUAGUUGACGUUCUGUCACUGAAGCGCCUGCCUAUCGCUCCUUCUUAAUGGGGCCUCCUGAAUUGGAGUCUCCUUCGAUGGGAGGAGCUGUGAUAUUUGAUAUUCACCAGCGAGUCUUCCAACGUGGAUUUUCAAUUCGACGGAUGAGUUUCACCGUCUCCAAAUCCUCAGCCGCCGCCUCGUAAUCGUGUCCCUCGUAAUCAUGUCCCACGGCAUCGAGUUUUCGCAAUCCGAGUGGUGGAUGUUGACUCCUCCAUCACUGCACCACGAAGGGUAAGCAGCGGCAACUGGCUUAGGGUGGAGGAGGCCUUCAUCCAGCAGUGGAUUUAUCCUGGUGGCUGAUUGUGGGGCUGCCGCCGCUGAUGAUGAUAAUGACGACGAUGUAAUUGUCAUCGUGACUGCCGUGUGAAUGUUCUGAUACAUGAAAUGUAUUUCCUGGGUCCGUCUGCUCAAUGGGAGCCGUGAGCUUGGGGCGUCUCGAGGCCUCCUCCCCACACGGCUGCUCAAUGGGAUUCUUCUCCCAUGGCGAGACUCGGAGUCGAGUCCUCUCUGUGAACCCCACGCGUGGCGAGCCUUCGCCCACGGCAUCUCCUCUCCCACCUGUGUCAAUCCCCGAGGUGGUAUUCUUAUUUCCCUCUCUUUCUCUUCCUAUUUGUCCCAAAUUGCCCCAUCGUUCCUGGCCCCUUUGUUUUCAUUGUUCUGAGUUUUCCCAUUGUUCCUGCUGUUUUUGUUCUUUGUCCCAUUGUUGUCAGUCUUAUUGUUCCUACCAUCUCCAUUGUCGUUAUCUCCUCUGUCCCCGAUUCCCUUGUUACGGUACUGAUCUUCUCUUAUGUUCUUGUGCUUCUGUCUGCCCCGUUGUUCUCGUGGUGACUCCAUUGUCCCGUUAUUCUCAUUGCGCUCAGUUCCAUUGUUCCCGCAGUCGUUCCCACCAACUGUUGUCUCACUUUUGUUUCUCCAAUUUUGUCCGUGCCGUGUUGGGGGGGGGGAGGGGGGAGCGGUGGUGCAGCGGUUAGCGCGCUGCACUACAAACCCGUCGACACGAAUUCGAUUCCCGCUCACGGCCAACACCGGUGACGAUUAUCUGCACUGGUCUUGGGCCUCUCCAAGGUCGACUCAGCCUCAAAUGAGUACCUGGUGCGGUGUGCAAACAUCGUCACUGGGGAGACAAAGGUGGUGCUCGCUAACAGCACUUGUCCCAACAGUCUGUUAAGGCUAUACAGGGGAUCUUUGUCUUUGCGGGGAGGGGGGGUGGACUGCGAUGUGCCUGGGUGGACCCUGGAAACUGGUCACCGCGAUGAUUGUCGUUCUGUUGUUGUGUUCUCGUUUUGUUUGAUGUUUAUGUUAAGUCUUUCGGUGUCGCGUUGCGUGCUGAGAUCAUUUGCGCCGCGCGUCAAAAGCAAAGAAAUAAAAAUUCAAAUUGCACACGUGGGGAAAAAACACGCACGUGUAAGAUGAUUCGUCAUCACUGUGGUGCCGGAUACAACACUGGGUCAAGGCCGUAAUUAUUAUUAUAUAUUG